UCUCCCUGCCUCCCUUAUACUGAAAUAAAGACUUGUAUUCAUUUGAGCCCUCUGAGAAUUUCCAGCACGCGUCAUGAUGCGCUGAGACUUCGAAUUCCUGUGAAUUCACACAGUUUUGUUGUUGUUUUCUUUUUCAGAGAAACGUGUGUAUCUGUAAUUUAAACUACAGCCAUGAUAAUUCCUCUGUUCUGAGAUUAUUUGUAAGAUGUGUGCUAUUCAAAGCGUCUUUGAUAAUAAGCACGUUUGAAUACUUCGGUUGGCUUAGUAUAAAUAUAUAUUUGUAUGUAUAUUAAAAAGAAAAGCGCAUACUUGAGUGGCAAGCCAGUCUGAACUGGAAAAACCUUGCAAUAUGGAGUUGCUAGAAAGCAUUUGAAAUUCACAUGUAUAUCUGAAAUAUUGCAGGGCUUGUAGUUCUUUAUUAUGAAACUGUUCAUUUGAAAGGUUGUUUUUGCUGGAUUUUUCCCCAGUUUUAGGUAACAGUGGAUAUUACAAGUAGGAGCUUGGAUGAAAUUUCAAGGCCUGCAUUAACCUUGACCUAACUGUAGAUCUUUAAAUACAUCUAUGGAGUUAACAACACCAGAACCAUGUUUGCAAGAGGUAGAUUCACCCAUCAGUUUGGCCGAUGGUUACCAGAAUGGCAGUCUAGAAGAUGGCUGUCCAGCAGAAAACAAAGGUGAUGACAGAGAUAAAUCUGAUGUCCAGGAAGUAAGAACUGAUCAGCAAACAGUGGAGAGCAUGACCAUCUCUCUUCACAAGUGUCUAUGGAAUCCCAUCGAGUUGUCAGGAUGUACCUCUACUUCAGAUUCUCGAGAUGAAAACACUGAAACACAGAUGUUGAAAUUCUGCGAACCUACCCCGGGACAACCAAGUAAUGCAAAGUCAGACACUACUUCACAAACUUUGAAAUCCUGUGAAACUUCCCCAGAAAAAACAGCAGACUCUUCUGACUUGGAAUGUUCUGAAGACAUGGACAUAAAUGCUCGGAUUCAAGCAGCUGUAAAGAAAAUGAAUAAACUUGACACCAUACUUGAAAAACAGUGUUUAAAGGAAAAAGCAGUUAAAAAGCAAGGCAGAGAACUCAGGGCAAUGCUCUGGGAAGAACUUCAGUGUAUUAGAACCACAGGAAGCAAUGAGGAGGUGGAAAACACAAACCAGUUUUUGGCUGUGUUAUCACCAUGGCAUAAUACAGCUGAUCUCUCCCAUGCUAAAGAGGAUGAAAUAUGCACUUCAGUAUUUCACACAUACAUGAAUCUUGAGGAUGAUAAUUGCCAUAAAGCCCAAGAAAACCAGGAUUAUCCAAGUGAAUUAGAAACAGAAAAACCAGCAGAAAAAGCGCAUAGCAAAAAUAAAACCAGCCAGCAUUUCAUUAAAAAGAACAUUGAGCUAGCAAGGGAUUCAGGAAACCAAUUUGUUAUGCUUGAGGGAGAAAGGAAAAGGCUAACUGAGCUACUGAAAGAUACAGAAGAUGGAACUGAAUUGCAAGAUCUUGAGGAGAAUGUACCUGUCUGGCAGGCACCAGGAGAAGGGUACGCGCCUGAACUGAUGGAAUUUCAUCUUCUGAAUGAGAUAGACAAUAAGCUUCACCUGCUGCUCUCUGAUGGGGAGUUUCCUACUCUUUCCAACUCUAGCUCAAAAUGUCCAGGCCAGAUAUAUCAGGAGCCUUUGAUCUAUGCAAGCAGAAGCCUAGAAACAAUUCCAGGUGAGAGGGUUCUGCGGGACAAUAAGGAAAAACGUGAUCAACAGAAUCGUCUGAAAGAAAUAGAUUAUCAGCUGGAAUCCCUAGCAAGAAGUCUUACUGAAGAACAAAUGAGCCUCUCUGAAGAGCAGCUUAAGACCCUUCUGGAAGAAUGUAUGCAGCCUCAGAGAACAAUAAGUAACGUUACCAUGCCACAGUCUCAGGAAUCUCUUUCUUUUGGAUUAAGUCCCCCUUGUUACACAAGUCAAGACUCCACUCUUCACUCCACAUCUAGUCUUUCCAAAAUGUUAGUUGAAGACCAUAUUGUAGGGAUGUUAAUGGCUCAGGAAAAGGCUGGACUCGAAGACAAAAGCUUAUGUGUUAAUGCAGAGAGCAAAAUCCCUGGCUACUAUACCAGCAAAGCAUUGGCUGGUAGUCACUUAUCAAAGGAUUCACUGGCCCAAACAGAGGAACCUGAUGACCUAGAAGGUUUACAGAAGAUGGAAGAUAAGAGUAUUACUGAAGGUUACUUUAUGUCAAGAGCACUCAACACAAAAAGAUUGAAGAAACCUUCUUUCUUGGGUGAACCAUUAUAUUGCAUCAGCAGGAACAAUGAGCCAUGCACAGAGGCUGACAUUCUCAGCAUACCACUGCAAACCAAAGGAGGUGAGACUCUUAACAACCCUUUAGAAUAG